CAUAAUCUAAUAAAAUCUCACAUAACUAGUAUUUUGUUUACAAAACAAUAAUACACAAACAUCAGUCAAAGUUGAAUUAUUAAUACAGUAGUAUUAAAAGUCAAAAUAUGUCAACUAAAUUGAAACAGAUGGAAUACUUUAUACGGAGUACAAUAUAUAAUCAAGCCUUGAUUCUUUAGUUGAUUUUCGUAGCAACAAAACCCACCAAAGAUUUGAUCUUGUAAUUGUUGUUGUGACCAAGGCAGAACUAUAAUCAAAAUGAAAAAAAUCAAUUAAAGUAACGAUUCUUGAAUUGAAGCAGCCAAGGAAACAAAAAGUCGAAUUCCUAGCUGUGAUCAGAAGGCAAGAACCAUAUUUGUUGAUGCCUUGCUCCCAUUACAAUUCGACAUCUCCAUUUUCUAGAAGAGAGUAAUAACACUUCUCCUCCGUACUUCCCUGUAACAUACAACUCCGUAAUAUAAAUACAUACCACAGUUAUUCUUGCAGUUUUCUGCAAAACCUUGAUCUAACAAGCAAAUUAAAAGUAUGGCUCUUUCCCCAUCUUUUACUUGCAAAAUUAUGCCCAACAUUUCUCACAGAAGCCUAACUUCUCUCAGCUACGUACGCUCUCAAUCAUCCUGUAGAAGAAACCUACAUACACCUAGAGUUAAGGUAGUUAUCCCCAAGCCUAUUUUCAGGACAACAAACAUCAGAAAAUGUAUCAGUCACCAGAAGAAGCCUGAGAUAGGAUGCAAAUUCGCAGCAAAGUCAGACUCCAGCUCAGAGUUUAACACCGUCUCGCAUGUUAUCAAGAAAUUUUGCAAAUGCAUCAAUGAGGAUAACAUGACGGAGCUAGAAAAUCUCAUCUCCAGAGACUGUUACAUCGAGGAUACACUAUUUAAAACCAAGGAGGAACAUAAAAGUGGGAAGGAGGAAGUCAAGGAGUUGAUAUAUAAACUUGCUAGAAUUUUGUGUAUCCAAAAUCUCCAGCUCGAACUAGCAGAGCCUAUUCCUGGAAAAGAAGAACUGACGGCUACUGCGAAUUGGCGUUUAGUGCAUAAGGAUUCACCAGAGCUUCACCAUAAAAACAUAAGAGGAUUUAGUACAUUCCAGUGCUCGUAUGAAAGCGAUACACUUGUAAUAAGGAAACUUGUGAACAUAACAGAGUCAAAUGAGGGAACAAACCAGGAACCUAGUAGUUCACCAGAACAAUCUUAGCCAUUGCCAUUGCUGUCCUGUUUCGACCAUGAAUCCAACAUAGUAAGGGCAACAAGCGG